AUGUAUCGUCGAGAAAAAUAUCCAAAUCUACGGAAGCAGGAGAAAAAUGAAAAAUUUGGCCUGGCCAAAUUUCUGAAUGGCAUCUGGACGGAUGUCCUGCGUAUCACUACCGUACAUGGUGUGAAAAUUAUUUUUUCCACAACAGCGAAAAUUCUUGAGAGAAUCCUCCAGAUUAUCGGUCUAAUAGUGUCGCUGGCCUUCUUUGGCAUAAUUAUGUGGAACAUUUUAUAUAUUUGCCGUCAUAAGCCAUUUGAGACUUUCAUUGCGGAGCUGCAUUAUCCGGUCUAUAAAAUUUCCUUUCCCGAGGUGACAAUUUGCAAUUUGAAUCGCCUGAAUUGGCAGAGGUACGAAGAGGCCAAGGUGAAAUUUAUGCAUCCCAAACAUCAGACGCCCGAAUAUGAAGAGGUUUUCCAAGAGACCCUAAAUGCCUAUGACACACUUCGAUUUACUCGAUUCGAUAUGUUUCGAAAUCUCUAUGAGUUCUUUCCGCAAAAACUCCUCUACGAUCUGAAUUAUAUAAAUUUUACCCAGGUGGUGGAAUUUAUGGCAUGGAAAUGUGAUGAAAUGUUUUCCAACUGUGCAUGGCAGAAUGUCAGCUAUGAUUGUUGCGAAAUGUUUACUCCGAGGCGAUCCCAGAAGGGUAUGUGUAUGGCCUUUAAUUCGGUAGAAUCGGAGGAGGGUGCUCGAAGAGAUCGAGAGGACCCCUAUUACCCAAGGCGCUCAAGAGGCACUGGACCCAAAACAGGACUACGAGUUGUGGUGCACAUACAUGAAGGUUGGCAGUCGCCCACCAGUUCGCAGCUAAAGAAGGGGAUAUUGGUAAUGAUUGUGGAGCCUCAUGUCUGGGGUUAUGUGCAUACUGAAAUUCCCACUAAUACAAAGGCGUAUAUAACCGUUAAGACACAUCUACACAGACACCAUAAAAACACCAGGAUUUUUCCUCCUAGUGUGAGGGAAUGUGUGUUUCAGGACGAACUUGGCACCAUGUUCUUCAAAUCCCUACAAAAUCACAAAUAUAUGUGGGAAAAUUGUAUUGCCGAAUGCCAGCAAGAGCAUAUGGAGCUCUAUUGCAAUUGUUCGGUGGAUUUAUUUUAUCCACCAGGACGAUUUAGGCCUUGCCGAUUAUCCGAUUUGCCAUGCUUAUAUCGGCAUGAUGAAUUUCUUCGAUCCUUUGAAAACAACGAUGAAGCCCCCUAUGUCCAGAAAACCGGUAAAGGUAUGAAUUGUCCUUGCCAUCUCAAUUGCAUGUCUAUGGAAUAUUUUCCCGACUACUUUAUACACCACAUACCGAAUGAGAAUGUCGAUUCGAAUAAUACCGACAUUGAAAUGUAUGUUUAUUAUCGGCAACACACAAUGAUGAUCUAUGAGACGUCUGCUGUCUAUCCUUUUGUGGACUUAUUAGCUUCUGUGGGAGGUCUGGCCGGUCUAUUUUUUGGUUGCUCUCUCAUUGGCAUCACAGAAAUUGUGUACUUUUUCUUUUUCGAUGUACCCAAACAGGGAGUGCGAAGUCUUAGUUCAGCAAAUCGCUCCAAUUUGAAAAGGCAAAGCAUAAAAGCUAAGCGGAUUCUGGUGAAACAAUAUUCCCGUUCCGAAUUAAUAUGA